AUGACAAGCCCCCAGACAGUGAAGCCUUUGACGAGAUCUUCUGUCCCAGGAGUCAUCCUCACUCCCUUUGUGGAUAAAAUCCCAAGAGGAUGCAGCAACCCUGACUUUGAGAGGAAACCUCUCUCCCUGACCCUGCAGGAAGGUAAAACUGCCAUCUUCAGAGCUGUGGUCAAAGGUGUCCCAGCCCCUGAGGUGAGAUGGACCAGGGUCCAAGGAGGGAUGGAUGACCCUGCCAAAUAUGAAACAUCCUUCAACCAAGGGACAAAGGAAUUCAUUCUGCAGAUAAACAACCUGAGCCCAGCUGACAGUGACCUGUACCGCUGCGUGGCUGCCAACGAGUAUGGGGAAGCUUCCUGCUGUGCUGGCCUCAGGAUCAUACAAGUUGGCUUCAAGAGGAAGGCAACAUACCGUACCGUGCACGCUGCUGAUGAAUUAAAGAAGACACUGGAGAACUCCAGGAAGAUGCUGAGGAAGAGGGCCCCAGCUCAGAAACCCAAACCCCUGGACAAAGAAGCCAUCUGGCAGCUGCUGCUGCACGCAGACAGGAGAGACUAUGAGAAGAUCUGCCUCAAGUACGGCAUCGUCGACUUCAGAGGGAUGCUGAGGAGGCUGCAGGAGAUGAGGAAGAGUGCAGAGAGUGAGCAGGAAGAGUUCAUAAGCAGCAUCAAGAACUUUGAGCACAUCAGAGUCAACAAGGAGGGGAAAGCUACCUUCAGUCUGGAGAUGGAGCUGAAGAACAAGAACAGCAAAGUUUAUCUGCUGAAGGAUGGUGAGAGGCUGAGGUAUGGCACAGGGGAUGAGUACAGGAAGCACUGCCUGAGGCAGGUGGGGAAGAGAUACAACUUCAUCAUCCACGAUGUGCAGCCGGAGGACGCAGGCCUGUACCAGGUGCGGGUGGAGGACGUGCCGGUGUUCUCCACCGAGCUGGAUGCCGAAGCCAUCCCUGUGAGCUUCAAGCAGGGGCUCAGUGACCUGCGCUGCCCGGAGGGGGAGGAAGCUGCCUUCGAGUGCACCCUGCGCAUCCCCUGCCACGACGCCGUGUGGCUGCACAAGAGCCACCAGCUGGAGCCCAGUGACAAGCACCAGAUCUCUGUGAGCCCUGAUGGGCUGAGCCACAGGCUGCUCAUCAGGAGCCUGGGGCCCUCUGACAACGGCAUGUACACAGUCAGCACCGGGCACUGCUCCUCCAGCGCCUGGCUCCUCGUGGAGUACGCCAAAGGCAAGGGGAGGCAGGGUGAGGGAGGUGAAAGAGAGGGACCUCAGGGGAUGAAGGAAGCAGCACCAGAUACAGCUGGCCCCAAGAAGCCUCGACACAGCCAAUAUGCUGCUGCUGAAGAGGAGCUGAUGGACACUGGGGUGCAAAGAGGAGGCUGGUCCCGAGGUGGUCAAGGAGACAGGCAAGGAUACAGCCAAGGAUACAGCCAAGGGCACUCUGUUGAUGCUGAUGGGAGCCAAACACUUUGGGGAAAGGAGAGGCUCCGUGCAGCCAGCAGGGAGGGCAGGGGGGGACUGGGGCAGCUCUCUGGGGCAGACCUAGAUGGAGACUUGGAGAUGAAUGAUGGGAGCAGCUUUGGCCUGGAGGGUCUGAAAGGCAAAAGUGGCUUAAGGCCUGCCCACGGCAGGGCUGCUGUGGCAGGCACUGGUGGAGCUGUGCCUGGGGUGGGUGGCAGCUCUGCAGGGGAGAUGGAGGCUCUCUAUGGUCCUGAUGGUUGGCCAGCUGGAGCAGGUGCUGGAGGUGCUGGAGCUCCCUAUGGGAAGGAUGGGCUCCCAGCUGGAGCUCCCUAUGGGAAGGAUGGGCUCCUUGCUGGAGCAGGUGCUGGAGGUGCUGGAGCUCCCUAUGGGAAGGAUGGGCUCCUUGCUGGAGCAGGUGCUGGAGGUGCUGGAGCUCCCUAUGGGAAGGAUGGGCUCCUUGCUGGAGCAGGUGCUGGAGGUGCUGGAGCUCCCUAUGGGAAGGAUGGGCUCCUUGCUGGAGCAGGUGCUGGAGGUGCUGGAGCUCCCUAUGGGAAGGAUGGGCUCCCUGCUGGAGCAGGUGCUGGAGGUGCUGGAGCUCCCUAUGGGAAGGAUGGGCUCCCUGCUAGAGCAGGUGCUGGAGAUGCUGGUGUAGCUGGGGCAUGGGCAGCUGGAGCUCCCUAUGGGAAGGAUGGGCUCCCAGCUGGAGCUCCCUAUGGGAAGGAUGGGCUCCCAGCUGGAGCAGGUGCUGGAGGUGCUGGUGUAGCUGGGGCAGGUGGGGUUGGGUCUCCCUAUGGGAAGGAUGGGCUCCUCACUAGAGCUGGUAUUGGUGCUGGUGCAGGGGCAGUUGGGUCUCCCUAUGGAAAGGAUGGGUUCCCAGCUGGAGGGGGAUUUGGUGGUGCUGGGGCAGGGGGAGUUGGGUCUCCCUAUGGAAAGGAAGGUGUCCCAGCUGGAGGGGGAUUUGGUGGUGCUGGUGUAGCUGGUGCAGGGGCAGUUGGGUUUCCAUAUGGAAAAGAUGGACUUCCCCAAGCUGGAGCUGGUGUUGGUGGAGCAGGGGGAGCUGGAUUUCCAUAUGGAAAAGGACUUCUCCAAGCUGCAGCUGGUGCUGGUGGGGCAGGGGGAGUUGGGUUUCCAUAUGGAAAGGAUGGGCUCCCAACUGGUGCUGGUGGUGCUGGUGGGGCAGGGGGAGUUGGGUUUCCAUAUGGAAAGGAUGGGCUCCCAACUGGUGCUGGUGGUGCUGGUGGGGCAGGGGGAGUUGGGUUUCCAUAUGGAAAGGAUGGGCUCCCAGCUGGUGCUGGUGGUGCUGGUGGGGCAGGGGGAGUUGGGUUUCCAUAUGGAAAGGAUGGGCUCCCAACUGGUGCUGCUGGUGCUGGUGGGGCAGGGGGAGUUGGGUUUCCAUAUGGAAAAGAUGGACUUCUCCAAGCUGGAGCUGGUGCUGGUGGUGCUGGUGCAGGGGGAGCUGGGUUUCCAUAUGGAAAGGAUGGGAUCCCAGCUGGAGCAGGUGCUGGUGCAGGGGGAGCUGGGUUUCCAUAUGGAAAGGAUGGGCUCCCAGCUGGUGCUGCUGGUGCUGGUGCAGCAGGGGGAGCUGGAUCUCUUUAUGGGCAGGAUGGGCUCCCAGCUGGAGGGGGAAUUGGUGCUGGUGGUGCAGGGGCAGUUGGGGCUCCCUAUGGACAGCAUGGAGCUGGUGGUGCUGGGGUGGCUGCUGCAGGGGCAGCUGGGUUCCCAUAUGGCAAGGAUGGGCUUCUCCAAGCUGGAGCUGGUGCUGGUGGAGCUGCAGUUGGUGGGGUUGGAGGUGUUGAAUCUCCCUAUGGAAAGGAUGGGCUGGCAGCUGGAGCUGGGGCAGGGGCACUUGGGUCUCCCUAUGGACAGGAUGGGCUCCAGGCUGGAGCUGGUGUCGGUGCUGCUGGGGCAGGAGGAGUAGGAUCUCCUUAUGGAAGGGAUGGACUGCCAGCUGGAGCUGGGGGUGCUGGGGCAGGAGGAGUUGGAUCUCCCUAUGGACAGGGUGGUGUCCCACUUGGAGCUGGUGGUGCAGCAGCUGCUGGUGGUGGUGCAGGAGGAGUUGGGUCAGUCUAUGGACAGGCUGGGCUGCCAGCUGGUGUUGGUGGUGCAGGUGUUGGUGGUGCAGGGGGAGUUGGAUCUCCCUAUGGGAAGGAUGGGCUCCCAGCUGGUGUUGGUGGUGCUGGUGCAGGUGUUGGUGGUGCAGGAGGAGUUGGGUCAGUCUAUGGGAAGGAUGGGCUCCCAGCUGGUGUUGGUGGUGCUGGUGCAGGUGUUGGUGGUGCAGGGGGAGUUGGGUCAGUCUAUGGGAAGGAUGGGCUCCCAGCUGGUGUUGGUGGUGCUGGUGCAGGUGUUGGUGGUGCAGGGGGAGUUGGGUCAGCCUAUGGACAGGCUGGGCUCCCAGAUGGUGUUGGUGGUGCUGCUGUUGGUGGUGCAGGAGUUGGGUCAGCCUAUGGACAGGGUGGGCUCCCAGCUGGUGUUGGUGGUGCUGCUGUUGGUGGUGCAGAGGGAGUUGGAUCUCCCUAUGGGAAGGAUGGGCUCCCAGCUGGUGUUGGUGGUGCUGGUGCAGGUGUUGGUGGUGCAGAGGGAGUUGGAUCUCCUUAUGGGAAGGAUGGGCUCCCAGCUGGUGUUGGUGGUGCUGGUGCAGGUGUUGGUGGUGCAGAGGGAGUUGGAUCUCCUUAUGGGAAGGAUGUGCUCCCAGCUGGUGUUGGUGGUGCUGGUGCAGGUGUUGGUGGUGCAGAGGGAGUUGGAUCUCCCUAUGGGAAGGAUGGGCUCCCAGCUGGUGUUGGUGGUGCUGGUGCAGGUGUUGGUGGUGCAGAGGGAGUUGGAUCUCCCUAUGGGAAGGAUGGGCUCCCAGCUGGAGCUGGUGGUGCUGCUGCUGUUGGUGGUGCAGGAGGAGUUGGGUCAGCCUAUGGACAGGCUGGGCUGCCAGCUGGAGCUGGUGGUGCUGGUGCAGGUGUUGGUGGUACAGGGGGAGUUGGAUCUCCCUGUGGACAGGCUGGGCUCCCAGCUGGAGCUGGUGGUGCUGGUGCAGGGGCAAUUGGUAAAGAAGGUCUUCCAGUGGGAAUGGGAAGUGGAGCUGGUGCUGGUGCAGAUGGCUUUGGUGGGUCUGGAUCUGCAUAUGGGAAGGAUGGUGUCCCAGCUGGGCUUGGAGCUGCUGGUGCAGGAGGAGUAGGGUUUCACCCUGGAAGGGAUGGUGCUGGUGCAGGAGGAGCAGCAUCUCCCUAUGGGAAGGAUGGGCUUCCAGGUGGGGCUGUGGCUGGGGCUGGUGGUUUGCCCUUGGGAGGUGAGGGAGCUGUGGGAUCUCCCCAGGGCAGGGACGCUGUGCUGAGCAGAGCCCAAGGGUACAGAGGUGGAGCAGCAGCAGAUGGCUUCUCCUCCGAGGGUGCUGGUGCUGGUGGCUCUGCAGUGCAGGGUGCUGGGUCCCUGUAUGGCCAGGAGAGAGGGGCAGCUGGAGCCAGGGCUGGGGAGGGAGGAGCUGGCAGGCUGGGAGGCGAUGCAGCCCGUGGGCUGGAGGCACGGCCUGGGGAGCCUGCAGGAGGGGAAAGCAGAAAGGGUCUCAGAGGAUCAGGGAACAGAGGUUCCUCUGGAGAUGCACUUCCAGGUCAAGGAGAUGCCAAGGGUGAGGGAAGAGAUUUAGGAGAGCCAGGCUCCCUCUCUGGCAAGAGCUCUGCCCCUGGGGGGACAGGGAGCAAAUCCCAGGACAGAGCUGGCUGGGGGAAGCAUUCAGGUUGGUUUGGCCAAGGUCCACCGAGCACUGGGCAGGGGCCAGAUCUGUAUGGGGGCCCUCCUUCAACACACCAGAGGAAGCAGGAACCUGACCUGGAUAUGGAACCCAAGGAUUACUCCAAGGGUUUGGAGACUGUGGAAAAGAGAAAACUUCCCCACGUGGCUGAGGUGAAAGCGCUGCGCUGCUACAUCAACAAGCAGCUGCUCAACGUCAGCGUCCUGAAGGGGGAAUCGGCAGAGCUGUCCUGCACUGUCAGUAAAGAGGAUGUGACUGGCACCUGGUACAAGGAUGGGCUCAAGCUGACCAGCAUGGAUGGAGUCACCUUUGAGAAGAAAGGGCUGGUCCACAAGCUGGUGAUUAACAAAGCAGCAGACAUCCAUGCUGGGAAGUACAGGUUCCAAGGAGGAGAUGUGAAAACUGAAGCUUAUGUUUUUGUGGAAGAUCCCCCACAGGUGGACAAAGUCCUCCUGAAGACCCUGAGCAGCGUUCCCACCGUGGCCAAGGCUGGGCAGGGUGUGAAGCUCAAGCUGCCCUUUGAGGGUCGCCUGCCCAUCAGAGCCUCCUGGCUGAAGGACAGGAUGGAGCUGGCCGACGACACCAGGAUGCGCCUGGACACCACAGACACCUGCACCGUGCUCUCCAUCCCCAGCUGCCAGAGGAAAGACUCUGGGGACUACAAAGUCAGGCUGAAGAAUGACAGCGGGGUCCUGGAGAUCGACCUAAAGCUGCUGGUCGUAGACAAGCCACAGCCCCCUGAGGGCCCUCUGAAGGUCGUGGAGAGCUCUGCAGACAGCAUCAGCAUCCAGUGGAAGCCCCCCAGGGACGACGGAGGCAAACCGCUGCUGCGCUACCUGGUGGAGAGGCAGCAGGGGGGCAGGAACGAGUGGGAGGCCUUGGGAGAAAGCCCCAGGACCAGUACCACCUUCACCACCACCAGAGUGGAAGAAGACAUGAGCUACUACUUCAGGGUGAGGGCUGUGAAUGCUGAGGGAGCCAGCGAGGCCCUGGAGUCAGGGGAGGUGAAGGCAGCUGGCAAAGCCUCCCCUGGUGCCCCUGAGCCCCCGGAGAUUGUCGGUGCCACCAAGGACAGCGUCACCAUCGCCUGGCGGGCGCCGCGGCAGGCCGGCAGCUCCGGCAUCCUGGGCUACAUGGUGCAGAAGCGCAAGAAGGGAACCAUCACCUGGCUGCCAGUCAACACUGGGCCCCUGCCAGACAAGAAGAUGACAGUGCCCAAGCUGAAGCAGGGCCUGCAGUACGAGUUCCGGGUGGCAGCUGUCAAUGCUGCUGGCCUGGGGGAUGCCAGCGCCCCCUCCCAGCCAGCCUGCCCCAGGGAUGCCUCCAAGCCCCCAGGCCCAGUGCAGGAGCUGAGGGUGAGCAGCAGUGACAGCAGCAGUGUCACCUUGACCUGGAAGAGACCUGAAGGGAUGGAUGGGAAGGAUGUGAAGGGCUAUGAGGUGGAGAUGAGGUCUUCCAAGAGCCACAGCUGGACCAAAUGCAAUGCUCUGCCCCUGGAGCUGACCACCUACACCCUCAAAGGCCUCCAAGCCACCAAGACCUACUGCCUGCGUGUGAGAGCCCUCGGUGAGGGUGGCCCAGGGGAAGCUGUGGAGCUGGAAGCCUGUGUUGGAGAUGCCCCUCCUGAGGUUCCUCCCAGGCUGCUGAUUGAUGGCACACUGAAGAGCACCCUGGUUGUAAGAGCAGGGAACACCAUCAAGGUGAAGAUUCCCUUUGAGGGAUCCCCAGAGCCAGUGGUGACCUGGUUAAAGGAUGGGCUUCCUCUUCCCAAGAGGGCUGCCAGCAGCACCAAGGAUGGCACCACCCAGCUGCUGGUUGCAGCAGCAGAGUUCAGUGACAGUGGCACCUACACCGUGGAGCUGCAGGAUGGGCUGGGGAAGAGAGAAGCCUUCAGCUUCCAAGUGCAAGUCACAGAUGUCCCCCAGCCUCCUGGGCCUCUCCAGCUGGCAGAGAACGUGCCAGGCACUGUGACAGUCACCUGGGAGCCAUCAGCCUCUGAGAAGUGGGAGAGAAACCUCUUCUACACAGUGCUGAAGCGAGAGGCAGAGAAGGGCCUGUGGCAGGUGGUGGGAGACCUGAUCUACACCAACAAGUUCACCUUCACCAAGCUGCUCCCAGGCAGGGAUUACUACUUCAGAGUUGUGGCCAAAAACGAGCUGGGAGUCAGUGGCCCCUCGGAAACUCUGCAGCCCUGGAGGAUUCGGAGACCAAAGGCUCCCUUUGAAGUCAGGGCUCACAGGUACAGGGGAGUUAACCAGAGCCAGCCCCCCAGGAUCCUCGUCCCCCUGAAGCCUCACGUGGUGCCCACCGGCAGCGAGUGCCACAUGAGCUGUGCCGUGGGAGGCCACCCCCCUCCCAAGGUGACCUGGUACAAGGACAGCAGAGACCUCUCCAGUGACCCUGCCUACUUCUGCACCAAUGACUUUGGGGUCUGCUCCCUGGUGGUGCUGGGGGUCUGCAAGCAGGACGAGGGAGAGUACAUGGUGGAAGCCACCAACGCCUCCGGCCGAGCCUUCAGCAGAGCCUUCCUCACCAUCAAAGACUCCACCCUGUAG